AUGUUUGGCUUUAUGAAAAGCAAGCCAAAGCCAGGGGAACCUGGAGUUUCAGCUUCUACAAAUGCUAGCCCUCUUCAUUCUAAUGACGGACCAAACACCAACAAUCCUGCAACUAUUACUCCUGCAAGAAGAACUUCUUCUGAACCAAUGCUGAUGGGCCCUGAUGACGACGACGACGAUGACGGUUAUUUUGGCAGAGGGAAACCAACCAGGAACCGGAAUAAGAAAGACUUGGACAGCAUGUCUGUUCAAGAAUUGGAGGGUUAUGCCGUGGACCAAGCCAAGCAGACCACGAAAAGCGUCGACAACUGCCUGAAAAUCGCCGAGGACAUCAAACAGGAUGCUGCUCGGACUCUUGAAACAUUGCACCAACAAGGUGAACAAAUAAAUAGGACUCAUGUGAUGGCUGUAGACAUGGACAAAGAUUUAAGCAAGGGUGAAAAAUUGCUGAAUAAUCUUGGGGGCAUGUUCUCAAAGCCCUGGAAACCGAAGAAGACACGCGAGAUCAAUGGACCUGUGACCACUCCAGAUAACAAUGCCAAGGGAAAGAAAGCAAGUUAUGAACAAAGAGAGAAGCUUGGAUUAGCUCCUAUUCCAAAAGGAAAGAACUCGAAAACUCCUCCUCCAGAACCAACAAAUGCCUUGGAGCAAGUUGAGCUGGAGAAGGCAAAGCAAGAUGAUGCUCUUUCUGAUCUGAGCAACAUUCUAGGUGACCUUAAAGGCAUGGCUGUUGACAUGGGGUCUGAGCUUGAGAGGCAGAACAAAGCACUUGAUCAUUUGUCCGAUGAUGUGGAUGAGCUUAACUCACGAGUGAAAGGUGCCAAUCAACGAGCACGCAAGUUGCUGGGGAAAUGA